AUGCCAGAUGACUUCCCCCCUCUCCUUCUCGACGACGAUGACGUGCAGAACGACCCCGACCUUGCCUGGUACAGCGACAAAGGCAGCGGGGGCUACCACCUCCCCUUCGGCACACACGCCGGACGAACGGUGAACGAGGUCCCGGAGUCGUAUCUCGUGUGGGCGAAGACGCAUCUGAAGGGGCGCUAUGGUGUCCAUCGCUCAGUCACGCGAACGCUCGGCGCCAUCGAGGCCUUCGUCGAGGGCUUGGAAGGAUGCCUCGACGCAUGGUUUGCCGACUUCAUCGUCCCCUGCGGAGUGCAUCACCGGGGGAAGACGAUACGACGCUGCAGUGAUCGGGCGUGGCUGAGCUGGGUCGUGGGACGUGAUCGCGUGCGACGCUCGCACCCCCUCUUCGUGCAAGCCGUCCAUAUAUGGCUGGGCAGCAAGACGCGCCUCAAGGCGUCCGUCGAUCCGACCACGUUCCUGCCCCCUGCCCGCUACCACGCCGACCUGCGCGAGUCGGUGGCGCACAAGGAGCAGUCUAUGCCGGGCGAGGGGGAUCUCACCGAGGACGACAUCGAGAGCCCUCGCGCUAACUCCGACCACGCCGACUCGGACGCAUCGAUUACGGACCCCGAGGACGAAGAGGAUCAUCAUUCUAAACCUUCCUCCUCUGACGGCUACCGCCCCCACAGCCGUGGCAGCAGCAGCAACUUCGUCGUCGCUGACGACCGCGUCUCCGUCAGCACGGACGACUCCGCGUACGGCGAGCUCGAGCGCGCGGAGUCGCUGCUCCGGAGCGCGCAGAAGCGGCGUGGACGAUCAUCAGAUGGACAAGAUCAGGAGAGCCCGAGCAAGCGCAGGGCUCGUCCGCGACAUCGGUCCUCGUCCUCCCCCACCCGCAAUCUACGCCAGGACUCGCCAUCGGGUUCGCGCGCCUCCUCAUCCUCACUCGCAAGACCCCCAUCCCGCAGGCGUCGGCGACCCUCCACACCAGACAACGACAGUCCCGCUCACUACACGCGCUCGCAGGCACGUAUCUUGCAGGAGCACGGGUCGCCGGGCCCGCAUACGCGGGCUCGGGCUUUAGCGGCCAGCCAGGCCGCGGUCGACGUGGCGACGAGCUCCACGAGGGUCGCUGGGGCGAGCGCUUCAAGAUACGUGGAUGCCAGUCAUAGUCAUACGAGAAACGCGGGGGCGAGUCUGUCCGCGAACGGACUCGCGGGCUGGUCAGCGAGUGCUAGCGCCGCGCGCAAGGGAGCAAUACGCACGUACGGACGGCGCGCGCUCACGCUAUCGGAGAGAUUGGCAAGGCUUGUCGAUCUGCCGACGCCUGAGCCUGAUGGGGCGGGUGCGCAAGAGGAAGCAGGUGACGCGCAUAUGUAUGAGCGAGAAGAAGAAGAAGAAGAAGAAGAAGAAGAAGAAGAAGAAGAAGAAGAAGAAGAAGAGGAGGAGGAGGAGGAGGAGGAGGAGGAGGAGGAGGAGGAGGAGGAGGAGGAGGAGGAGGAGGAAGAAGAAGAGGAGGAAGAGAUCAUUGGUGCAGGUGAAAAGACAGAGAAAGCGGAUGCUUCGGGACGAGAGCGGGUCGCAGACUACGUGCCCGAUAGUGAGGGCGAGGAGGCUUCGCAAAACGAGAACUCACCCUCCGUUGGGGAAAUCGAUCAACGCAGAGGCGUUGACGACCCAACGGCACCCGGAGAUCAUGCGCGGACACGCAAGGAAGACGGACGGCGACUAGUAUUCUCACAUGUUGAGCUGCCGGUGCCUACUCGACAUCAACAACCAUCGCCACCCUUACCCACUCCUGCCCCCCGCCGGUCAUUGCGAGUUGAGAGGACGGAUUCCGCCUCACAUAUCGGAGGUCUCAGUCCGUCAUCGCGCGCUGCGGGUCAGGCUCUAUCUUCGCAAGCGACCUCGUCACGUCUCAUCUUCUCCCAUGUCGAGAUCCCGUCUCCCUCAUGGCGGGACGCGAGCGUCGAGAGCUCCAGGGUCUCCCGUAGAGGUAUCAACCCACGCGACGAGCGCUCAUCCGCGCUCGACUCGAACAGCCAGAUGCGUCGCAGGCAAAGUGCACUCGAAGCACUGCGGCCUUCGUCGACGAUGAGGAUGACGCGGGCAGCCGCACGGCGCCACAGUCCACCGCCUACCGCGUCGCGGUCAUCAUCGCCUUCCGUAGCUCGCUCAUCGCGCUCGCGCUCGCCUCAGCGCAUGAUCUCAUCUCCGCCUCGCUCUCAUUCUACGACACCUCCUGCGCCCGACGAACGCUCUCCCUCGACCGCCGUCCGCCAUAUCGUCAGCCCUCGCAAGCGCCGCUCCGUUUCGCUCCCGAGAGCCCCGAGGGAGAAGAAGAGGGCAAAGGUUGAAGUCGUUGAUAGUAUGCCUAGGCGAACGCGCAGCGCCGCUCGAUUGGGCCAGUCGGCGUCCGCUUUCCCGGGAUCCCAAGCAUCUGCGCGGCCGAUCCCGAUUUUCUCCUUGCUCACCGAGGAUGAGGAAGUCGAGGACAGCGAGGGCGAGGCCACAAUAACGAUCUGUGCGGGCGUCAGAGGUGGGCCCGUCGCGAAAUCCACGCGUAAUGCCAUGGCCUCCGCGUCUGCGCCAGUCGCUGGUCCAUUCUCAAGGGCGGUAGACCGCCUGCGCUCCCAGGCCUUGUCGCGCAAGUCAUCGGCGUCGGCGACGCCCAGCUCUGCGGCGAACGAUCCUCGCAGCUCCGCGACGAAGAUCGCCAGCUCGAGCACCGCCGUCGCUUCCUCGAGCUUCGUCGGCUCGCGUCCACCAUCCGCACCUCGCCCAUCUGCUGCGUCAGCCGAUGCUGCGUCCGACGCCACCGGUCUUCGCGCGCGCUUCCCGAAUAUAUCAUCUUCCGUCCUCGCUGCGCGCAUGCGCGGUGUGGUUGAGGAGGUUCCGCGCGAUCCGACGCCGGAAGGUGAAUGGGAGUGGUACCUGGACGAGUUCGAUAUGCUGGUCAAGCGUCCGGUUGUACAAGAUGAGCCGCCGCGCGCGUCAGCCUCGAAGGAAAGGGACAAGGCGCUAAACAUGGGCCAAGAGAAGAAGAACGAGCCUCUCGCAGCGCUAGCCCUGCUCGCGGACGUGCUCAGACCCCUCGGUAGUCAAGACCGCGACAGCGGAUGCGCGUACGUGCUAGGCGGACGUUGGGACUUUUACUUGCGCCCGGAGUCACUGAGAAGUGAGGCGAACAUACGGGUGGAGGAUCUCAGCAAGGCUAUCGGCGAGCUUCCACCUUCAGCGAACGAGUCCGCGAAACACUUACACGAUGAGGCUCUGGAUUGGCUUGUCUGGCUCGCAGGCUUCGGCGUCGCGCAAGAAGAGAUCGCUCGGUGCUACUAUGAUCUUCGAACCAGGACCCGCUGGAAAACGCACCUUGUGCCGCUGACCGAGUUCUGCGACGACCGGCUGGUCCUUGAGCGCAUGCACGCCAACAUCGUGCGGGGUCUUGAGGUUUGCGAGCCUGUCCCCAAAUUCUGGGCGCUCGCGUACUGGGCGGUCACCUUUCGCCUAGGCUAUACCGACUAUCGCAAGCAGAUUGAGGGCUUCCACUACUACACUUUCACGCUCGUAAGUCUCGUCGCUAUCUGUCUCUACUUUACCUUCAUCACUUACGCGACAAACUCCUCGACUACACGCUUAGAGUAUGAGCUGAUGCGGAUUCGCGAGCAGUCGCGCAGAUGGCUCUUGGCGUGGAAGGCGCUCGGGGGCAUGGCGCGGAAGAUGUUGGACGACGAGAAGAUAUACGAGAACCGGGGGCAGCAUAUCAUACAUAUACUGGCUCAGAUGGACCAUCUGAUCGAGUGCCCUCACGAGAACAGAGCAACAGGCAACGAGCCGACGGUGCUCGAGUCUUUGAACGCGCAUACGAUUCAUCUUCCUGGUCGGGAAGCGCUCGCUAGGGUUAUGGUAGCUCGGAUAUGCCCGCUCAUUGACGGCAAGCGGCGCGGCUGCGAAUCAACGAACUAUGUCUCCUCGGACGGGUCGCAGACCUUGUACGACGCCGAGAGCGAGCGUCUCGAUGAGAUGAUCGCCACAGCGUGCAGCGAGUUGUCCAUACGGGAUGCCCUAUUCAUGUUCAUUGUGCGGUCGGAGUACGGCGUAAUGCCUACCCAAGCACUUCCGGCCCGCACGAACCGUCCUCAUCCGCUUAGAGGCCCUGUGGACGAGCUGGUGCAGGCGCUCAAGAAGCUCCCGCCGCCGAAGUUCAUCCAGGCGACCAAUCAACUCGCCGAGUCCGGCACAGCUUCAGAGGGUAUUGGACGUUGUUGGGCACCAUCUACGCGCGCUGCAAGGCGCUUCUCUCGCUUCCUUCGCGGCGACGGUCUGUUCGAUGGGUUAUUCGGAAUCGCGUAUGUCUGGAUCGUGCGAACACACUUAGAGCCCAUCAGCCUCUGCGCGCUCAAGGGAUUGCAAGACUAUGCCUGCUCGUAUCGCGGCGAUGUAGGGGUGCAGAACGUGCGCGAGGCGGCUGCGCGCGUCGAGCUUUACGCCCGCUUCCAUCUCGUCCACUGGAAGCUGCUGCAAAAGGUCACCGAUGUGUUCCUUCAGCAGCGCGAUUCCGAUGACUCCGCAACGCUCGGCGACCUGCACAGGCUCCUUGCGACCUUGCGUGGCAGCAACGACUUAUCCACGAACAAUAUCAGUGUCGCGCUCGACUCAGCCCUGAACAAGCGCACUGAGCGGCCACUAGAAGCAGGGCCGUAUGCGCACGCGGAUGCUGUGCGCAGCCUGAUCGACGAGCACUACCCAUUCUUCCAGCCGCAGACGAGGCUUCGCGGGCAUAAGCGCGGACGGCGAGGCCAAGCAGACGCUGAAGACUGGCUCGCGCUUGCGGACGAAUCCAUAGAUGUCGAAGGCCCGCUGCGGCAGCGCUUUCGAACGCGGGCAGAUUUGCGAGACGACAUGGCGGCAUGGGUGUAG